GGCGGUUCCUGCACCAGGUGAAGUCGGACUGUCACUUCACCAACGGCACCGAGCGGGUCCGGCUCCUGGUCAGGUACAUCUACAACCAGGAGCCGUUCCUGCAUUUCGACAGCGACGUGGGGCUGUUCGUGGCGGACACGGAGCUGGGCCGGGCCACCGCCGAGAGCUGGAACAAGGACAAGGCGUUCCUGGCGGGCGCGCGGGCUGUGGUGGACACGUUCUGCCGGAACAACUACAGGGUGGCUGAGCCUUUCAUCAUCGACCGGAGAG